UUUUUUCCUUCUUUUUUUUUUACAUAUAUAAAUAUAUUUAUUUGUACAUAAUGGACAGUGCACUUUUGUCCCAAAUUCAAAAAGGCAAAAAGCUUAAAAAGGCUGUGACAAAUGAUAGAUCAGCUCCUGCAAUCGCUCCAUCCAAACCAACUGCUCCUACUGGAGGAGGAGGAAUGGCAAGACCACCUAUUCCUGGUAUGGUAUCUUUACCAUCAACACCUGUAUCAGCACCACCAACAGCCCCACCAGCAGCGCCCAGUGGUCCUCAAUUAGGUGGACUCUUUGUUAAUGGCAUGCCUACACUUCGAAAGACUAGAGGUGCUGCAGUUGAGACAGGCCGAGGCUCGUCGUCAUCGUCACCUCCACCACCUGCCAUCAAUAGAUCAGCCAUUCACAAUACAUUGCCAAGAAACUUUAAAGCGCCUCCUAUUCCUGGCCGAGCAUUACCCACGCCUUCUUCCAAUACAGUUUCAUCACCACCACCGCCUCCUCCUCCUGCACCACCUUCAGUAGCGUCUGGUGUUUCGCCCAAGAUCCAAGCCUCACUUGCUCCACCAGCGACAACAGGACGUACACGAUCAAACAGUUCACCACAGAGACCGAUUCCACCUCCGCCUCCGCCACGUACUUCAGCACCUUCGCCUCCUGCAAGUCCACAAGUUGUACGAAGCAGCUUAGCCGUACCGCCUGUUCUGCCACCAGGUAGACCUAGAGCCUCAUCGACAUCCAACUCACCUAAUGUUCCACGAUCACCACUUCCACCACCACCUCCACCCAUGGGCAAGCCGUCUGUUCGAGCCAGUGUGCCACUGACUGAAGGCGGAGGUAAAUUUACUUUUAGGCCGAUCUCGAGUCUACCAGAGCCAAGAGCAUGUUCGAAAUCAAAGCAUGUAUAUCCAAGUGGAGAAAGUAAAGGCAAUGGUAAGAUAUAAUGAUGACAUGUGGAGAAAUAAC